UUCUUCUGAAAAGGAAAUAAUAAUAAUAAUAAUCUUAAGACAGCCAGCAAUGACAAAUUUUACAAAAAAUUAAUUUCUCAAUCUGUAAUUACAAAAACCCUAAAAAAAUUCGUUUUCACAAAAAACCCUAAAACUUUUCGUUUUCACGAAAACCCUAAAAUUUUAAUCAACAGGUUUCAGUAAUCAAAUCCGUAAUUACAGCCAAACCCAUUAUUACGAAGCUGUUCAAUUUUCUAGAGCGGGGAUUUUUUUCCUUUAAUUUUAAUGAAUGGCUACUGGGACAACUAACAACAGCAGCGGCAGCAAGGGCAAGAAAUUGCAUCCCCAAAAGCUCCAAAACUAUACUAAAACUGCUAAUCGUAUUCCUCACCAGCACAAAAAACGGUUCUUGGACGGCCAAGGGGAGCACGCGGCGGCGGUGGCGGCGGGGGCGGCUUCGGACGAUGAUGAACUAUCCAGUUACAGCCAGCUCCCAUCAGGGUAUGUGAAAAUUGAUGAUAAAGUUAGAAUUAGUCUGAAUAGAGGAUCGAAAUCGGUUAUUAUAGAGUUGAAGAGAAAGUUAGUUGGUGAACUUGAUCAAGUUAGAGUGUUGAUGAAAAAACUUGAGGAUAAAGAAACUCAAUUUUAUAGUACUGAUAGCAAUAGAAUUGCUGGAACUCUUGCUAGGGCUAACUCUGAAUUAAGUUAUGUAGGCCCCACUAAUUCGCGCUCUAUGCAGGGAGGAUUAGUUGACUAUACUACUGACACUAAGAAGACUCCUAAAGUUAGUAGUAGUACAAAGAAAGAAAAGGUUUUGAAUUUGGAGAAGGAGAGUAAGAAGGUGGUGAAGCCGAGUACGGGAGUGAAGCAAGGAAAUGUAAUGGGUAGGUAUAAUUACGGAGAGGUCUUUAAGAAAUGUGGUGAUUUGUUAGAGAUGUUGAUGAAACAUAAUUAUGGUUGGAUUUUUAAUAAGCCUGUGGAUGUGAAGAAAUUGAACUUGCAUGACUAUUAUAAGAUUAUUAAGCAUCCGAUGGAUUUAGGGACGGUGAAGAGUAGGUUGAAAAAGAAUUGGUACAAGUCGCCUAAGGAGUUUGCAGAGGAUGUGAGAUUGACGUUUAAUAAUGCCAUGAGAUAUAAUGAGAAAGGGCAGGAUGCACAUAUAAUGGGAGGUGUGUUGUUAAAGUUAUUUGAGGAGAAGUGGGCAAUUAUAGAGGCUGAGUUGAAUAAUGUUGAGAGGUUUGAUAUGGGUAAUGUUGCAAGUCUGCCGACACCUCCUUCAAGGAGAGCUUCAGCGCCUCCUGCUCCUCCCCUUGCCACUAUGUCUGCUCCUCCUCUUCAAAAAACACCCUCGGAGGAUAGGAUUUUGGCUAGGGAGGAUGCUAUAACAAAUCCUGCAGAUUUGAGCAUGAAUGCUGAAGCUAUUGCUUCACAUGAAGGUAGAACAUCAAUGUUAAAGAAGCCCAAGGAAAUGGAUCCGCAAAGGAGAGAGAUGACUUUUGAAGAAAAGCAGAGACUGAGUAGAGACUUAUUGAGUUUGCCUUCAGAUAAUUUGGACGGUGUUGUUCACAUUAUCAGAAAGAAGAACCCUGGUAUAUUGCAACAAGGUGAUGAAAUUGAGGUGGAUAUUGAUAGUUUUGAUUCUGAAACUCUUUGGGAACUUGAUAGGCUUGUGAAUAAUUACAAGAAUGGUAUCAGCAAGGACAACAAAAUAGCUGAACCUGUGCUUCAAACAGGAGAAGUUGGUCACAACAUCUAUGAGAAUAAUAUGCCCUCUACUGCUGCAGAGGCACCAGAAGAAUCUGAAGCAGCAGUUGAAAAGUUUGUUGUCACAUCUCCUGCUCAAAUAGAGAGACAAGGUGAUAAUGUCAGCAGAUCAAGUAGUUCAAACAGCUCUAGCAGCGACUCUGGAUCCUCUUCAAGUGGCUCAGGCUCUGACAGUCAAAGUUCCUCCGGAUAUGGUUCAGAUGCAGGCCAAUGACACAGAAGUUCAUAUACUUGUAGAGCCGUUCCGUUGAUGUAAAUUGAUCGAUUUAGAUCUGCACUUGUACUUGGCUGCACAGAAACAAACCUUGUUGGUUGAUGUUCACAUGACAAAAUGAAAGCUCACCAGAAGUAAGUAGUUGAAAAAUUGUAAGAUGUUUUUGUAUCAUGGUAAUCUGUUUCAGAGCUGUUUCCAUGGGAUUCUCAAUGCUUAAUGUGGGGGAUGGGAUGGGAUGGGAUUAUAUACUAAACUAGCAUUACAAUUUGUCAGGUAUAUUCUAGAUUUUGAAUGCAAUUUCUUUAGCCCUUUUUUUCUUCUUUCCAAA